CACGCCCAGCCAACGUAAGCGUUGUUAGUAGGAAGAAGAAGAAGCCGAUUCUGGAAGCCAUUACGUUGCGCACAUUAAUUGAGUAAAUCCUACUAUUUGUGCGUACAAUACGCACAAUUACCUCUCCGAAAAGAGCAGUUUCUGCAGUUAUGGCAUCGGUCGCGAAAAAAAGAAAAAUGAAUUUCUCGGAGAGAGAGGUGGAAAUUAUUGUGGAAGAAAUAGAGAAACAAAAGCACACACUAGUUAACCACUUCAACGCUGGAGUCACCCACAUGGCAAAGAAUAACGCGUGGGUGGACAUUCUGAAAAAGGUGAACGCUGUCACCACCUGUCCCAGAGAGUUGCCCGAGGUGAAAAAGAAGUGGUCCGACAUGAAGACGGAGGUCCGGCGGAAAGUGGCCCAGGCGCGGGCUGCCAUAGAGGGAAUCUCCGCCGACUGCACUCCAGUUCCCGUCAUCCUCACCGCGAUGCAGCAGAGGAUCUGUAACCUCCUGGGGGAGGCCACCAUCAUCAGCUUACCUGCAGGGGACUCGGAUGCUGAGAUCACUUUACCUGUUACGGUGAACACCGCCACCACCGUCACACUGGCAGACGCUCUUCCAUCCGGCUCAGGUACAGACUGUGAUGAAGCAAAGCCACUCACUGAAACAACUUACCAUACCCUGGAGGAUGGAGGCGUAGUGGAGUACUGCACCACCACUGUAAGUGACUCCACUCCCACUGUGGCAGCCGUUGAGGCUCCAGUGGAGAUGCUGGCCUCAUCCUCCGCUUCCCCACCUCCGCCCCAGGGUCAGGCCAAACCUCAGGAGCUGAAGAGCCGCAUUGCCCUCAACUCCGCCCGCCUGCUGCAGGAGCAGAGAGUCACCAACGUCCACAUCCGACAGAUUGCCCAGCACCUGGAGGGCCAGAACGAGCUCCUGCAGAUGAUGCGGCGCUCCCAGGAGGCUCAGGCAUUCGCCCAGGAAAGACAGGCCCAGGCCCUGGAAGGUACCCAGGCCGCCCUGCUGGCAUUAGUGCAGAUGCUCAGGCCGGCUCUCAAAGACCUGCGGAAAUUCCUGCAGAGUGGGAAUGAGGUCACAAACCCCAGCAGCUCGGCAGCAGGAGCAAUAGCUGAUGGGGCAGGAACAGAGGAGCAGAGCAGGCCCAAAACACCUCCAUGUCCUCCACAGCAAGCUGAGGAGACACAUUAGCGCUGUGUGUGUGUGUGUGUGUGUGUGUGUGUGUGUGUGUGUGUGUGUGUGUGUGUGUGUGUGUGUGUGUGUGUGUGUGUGUGUGUGUGUGUGUGUGUGUGUGUGUGUGUGUGUGUGUGUGUGUGUGUGUGUGUGUGUGUGUGUGUCUGCAUUGUACAUAGAGGAGUCCUUGCACACAAGCUUCAGAGAACAAUGAAAAGCUUUUUUAAAAGUUGCCUUGGUGUGAGCAUGUACAUAAUUCUUCUUCUGUUUUCUGAUUUGGAAAAACAGUCACAGAAGCAGUGAGAAGGUUAUGUUGAACAUUAUUUUUACUUUUUACCAUCUGUCAUUAAUUAGCAGUGAAUUUAUGUUAUUUAAAACACUUUAUUGGAUAUUGAAAUUAUGUUUUUAAUGCAAAGACGCAGGUAGUCAUCACCCUGAUGUGGGCUGAACAAUUACAUCUUAGUUUCUUCAAGUCGUCCUGCAGUUUACCCUGAAUGAAAACUAAUUAUAAGACCAGAAUCAGCUGGGUUCUUCAGUUAGUGUGCACCAUGUGUUCAGAAUUUAAUAAAACUUGAAGCCCCAUCGGCCUGUUUUCCAUGCAGGGUGCAUCACCAGUAAUCAACCAGAAGAGGUCAGUGUGUGCAAGCUUCAGCACCCUUGGGUUGUGCUUCGGUUCCCAAAGACCCUCCUGUAUUCAAUCGUAUUUUCCUGCUACCAGGGCCUCAUCCUUCGGGGUCCCUAGACCCAUCCUGAACUCCAACGCAUAGCCCACUAGCAUCGUCUCAUCCUCCACGGUCCCUUGGGACCCGAUGGACGAGGCGGGUUUGUGGUGGAACAUACGUAUAAUCGCAUAAAAAUAAAUAACGGUCUCCAAGACCCAAAGAGCGAGGCCCCGAGGGCAGUUGACAUGAAAUAAAAAAGGCCCCGGGGACCCCGAAGCACAACGCCAGGCUAAUACAAAAUGUAAAUAAAACAAACAAGUCUCCUUGACACAAAGGACAACACAAGGUUUAAGGCAUCUUAAAUUAGGAUGAAAUAUGUGUGUUAUGUAGAAUUAUUUUACUUUACGGUCAUAUACUUUUGUUUGUUAAAGGGUAAUUUCAUUUUCUUUUUCACACUGGAACCUAUUACCCCAUGCAGUAGUGUCUAAGUGACUAAUGUGAGCAAGAAUCUUUUAAAUUGGUCCAGAACACUGGCAGCAGCAAACCGGGCUGCAAUAUAACCCUAUUGGGCAAAUGUGCAUCGUCAAUGUCCGUCCACUAAAAGUGCUGUUUUUGCCACUGACAGGCUCAGAUUAUUAUUCUAAGUGUCUGACAACAUUAUGAAAAGGUUCCCUAAAUAGAAAUUCGUUUUGUGUAAAAGACUAAGAUACUUUUUGUUUAACUGUAAACAGAAAGCAGAAAUCCCUAUCGCCAAACCACCAGACUCCAUUUAAAUAAACAAUUCUUUUAGCAUGGAUGGAGCAAGCACGUCCAAUAUUCAACCAAACCAGAUUAAGAGUGGUGAUUGUAGACGAACCAAGACGGCAUGUGGACCAUUUUAUUUUGUUUCUGUUGACUUUGAAGAAGCGUGUUUUACGAUACUAAAAUGACUAUUUAUUUAAAUGGAGUCUGGUGGGUUUGGCAAUAGGAAUUUUGGGGAUGUUUUUAUGUUUUAAAAAAGGAUCUUACGCUUUCACAAAAAGAUCAACCUGUGUAGGGAUCCUUUCCAUAAUGUUGGCAGACACUAGAUCAUCAGUAGAAUAAUCUGUGCUAUCAAUGGUAAAACAAGCACUUUUUGUCCCAUAAACUUACAUUGUAGCUUGUUUCGGCAGCGGUCUUGCUUAAUACUGGACCAAUUUGAAAGAUUGUUGUUCCCAUCAGUCACUCAGGAAAAUAGGGUCCAGGUUGAAAAAAACAAACGGAAGUUACCCUUUAAGUGACUUGUAUGUCCACAGUAAAUAUCUGGGAAUCUCUUUUAGGGUCGUUUUCUGCUACCACCGAUACCAACCUAAAUUCAUUCCUCUUACUUAAGUUUGAUUUAUUUUCACCAUUCAGUUUUGGCAGUAGUAAAUCAUAAGGGCCCGAGCUCCAACAACGUCGGUCUUCAAAGGCACUAUUAAAACCGAUAGGAUUAGUAUAAGGGCCUGAGCAUAAAAGGGCCAUGAGGCACUGCCAUGAGACAGGAAGCUGCUGUAACUUGAAGUUUACAAUAGUUCAAUCUAUCAUGCUGGAUAAGAGUCCUGAAAACAAUAUACACAGUCAUAUUAAAUCAUAGUCGUGGCGCCACCAACUGACAACAAUACGUCAACCUUGACAACGUGAAAUUGACAUGUGGUCUACGCAUGAUACACAGCAGCAUGAGAUAUAAUGGUGUGUUUUCCAGUGCCACAUAGUGGGCAAAGGAAGUGGUACCAUUUUUUAAUUGAGUCAUUUCCUGUGCCAUACACUCCACCCAGGGAAUAAUGUUAGGCUAGUUGAUCCGCCAUGAAUGGUGGUGGACAAUGACCUCCCAUAAAGAUUACACUGUCCUCUCUGGUCUACCUCUCAAACUACUCGAUGAACUCCAACUGGUCCAGAACUGCCCGGACCAUUACCACAACUCCCUCCAUAGAUCACACCCCCCCUGUCCUUCAACAACUCCACUGGCUCCCUAUCAAAUAUCGCAUUGACUAUAAGAGUCUCCUUCUUACUCUUAUGGCUGUCCCCAACCUGGCACCUCUGUACCUUUCUGAUGUCCUGCACACCUACACACCCUUCUGGACACCUUCAAAUCCCAGAUCCCAAAAUCUUUUUUUUUUUUUUUUAGAUUAGCCGCUUCUUUCUGGCCAUGCCUUUCUCACUUCUCAUAUAUUGCCGUUUUAAUUUGUUUUUAUGUAGAUGUCUGUGUUCUUGUUUUUAAGUACUGUUUUACUGCUGUAAGGUAACUUUGAAUGACAUUAAAGGCGCACAUAAAUUAAAUGAAUUAUUAUU